AAUAUACCAAAAUGGAUAAAUUCUCGAAUUAAUAAUUCGACAUCAUAUGGGAAUAGUAUGAACAUUAAUGAUUCGAUAUCAUUUAGGAAUUUUAAUUCUGAAUCACAUGAAGGUACUCCAGAACAGAUAAAUUCUCAAUCAAAUUAUUCAAACCUUGUUGGAG